AUGGCUACCCGCACCAUUGAGGCCCGCUUCGAGCGCAUGUCGGUCAACGACGAGAACGACCCCAUAGGCGAUGGAUCUAAGCUCUACAGCAAGAGCAAGACUAUCUCUUCGACAUCAAGUCAUGGUGCAAACCGUCCCAACCUUUUCAAGGUCGCUCUUCAAUCACAAAGUAGCAAUGCCAACGCCGCUGUCAUGCUGCCAUCCCAGGCUGCUCAACGAAAGGUCAACAACCCUCCUCCAUCUCCUACAAGAAAGGCCCUCCCUUCUUCAUCGAGAAUAUCAGAUGAGGUCUCCGAGGAUCGAAAGUCAGUCACCCUGCCGGAACAGAUGAGUGUGCCCAAACAGUUCCACCUGGGCAUGUUUGAGAUCGGUCGCCCUCUGGGUAAGGGCAAGUUUGGACGAGUUUAUCUUGCUCGAGAGAGAACAACAGGCUUCAUCUGUGCCCUUAAGGUUCUCCACAAGAACGAACUGCAGGCCGGUCGAGUUGAGAAGCAGGUCCGCCGAGAGAUCGAGAUUCAGAGCAACCUGAGACAUCCCAAUAUUCUUCAGCUAUACGGCCACUUCCACGACAGCAAGCGAGUGUUUUUGAUCCUCGAGUUCGCUGGCAAGGGUGAGCUAUACAAGCAUCUCCGAAAAGAGAGCCGAUUCCCCGAGUGGAAGGCUGCUCAGUAUAUUGCCCAGAUGGCAUCAGCCUUGCGCUACCUGCACCGAAAGCAUGUUAUCCACCGAGACAUCAAGCCUGAGAACAUCUUGGUUGGUAUCCACGGUGAGAUCAAGAUCUCGGAUUUCGGAUGGAGUGUGCACGCCCCCAACAACCGAAGGAAGACCAUGUGCGGAACUCUCGACUACCUGCCCCCAGAGAUGAUCAAGCCUGGUACCUCCGAUAACUUCUACAACGAAAAGGUUGACCUGUGGAGCUUGGGUGUCUUGACGUAUGAGUUUCUCGUGGGCGAAGCGCCCUUUGAGGACACGCCGGUGAUGACUCAACGAAGGAUUGCUCGUGCUGAUAUGUCCAUCCCAACGUGGGUUAGCCCUGAGGCUACUGAUCUCAUCAAAAAGCUACUUGUGCUGGACCCCGAGAAGCGAAUUCCUCUUGAGCAAAUUCAACAGCACCCUUGGAUCAUCAAGCACUGCGUCAAGGGUGAACGGGCCUCGAACCGCGAAAAGGGCUUAUAA